AUGUCGGCCCUUCCACCUCCACCUCCUCCGCAAUGGGUUGUCGCGCUCAACUCCCCGAUGCCCCGUCCUUCCAAGGCCGCCAACAGCAUCCCGGAUCCACCUGGCUUCACAAGCUCGAACACCCGGGGAGGAAAACAGGUGAGCUUGCAUAACCCCACAGAAAUGCAUCAUGAUACUGACAGGCAUCAGCGUCAGCAACAGGAUAAACAACAAGCUACGAGACCCGAAGAGACCGACACCCUCAAGCUGAAGAAGGCUUGGGAAAUCGCCAUGGCCCCAUCCAAGCAAUUGCCCAUGCAAGCCAUCAUGAUGUACAUGUCCGGCAACACUCUCCAGAUUUUCAGCAUCAUGAUGGUUCUUAUGCUGUUCAAGGGUCCUAUUCAGGGCUUGAUCAACACCAACGCCGCCUUUGCCAAAUACGAGACCCCGACAACCAAGGCCCGUCUAGUCGGAGUGAAGGCUGUCUAUGUGUUGAUGCAGCUUCUGCUAUUCGCCCUUGGAGUUUGGAAAGUAAAUGGGAUGGGACUAUUGCCAACUACAAGAUCGGACUGGCUCGCUUGGGAAUCGGAGCGCCAACCUUUGGAGCGGGCCUUUUUCGCGUUCAAGUAA